AUGAACUAUAGCUCCUAAAAUGAAUACUAUAUAAGAGAUUCAAAAAUAACAAGUGAGGGUCUUAAUUAAAAGAAACUAAAAUCUCAAUUAUCAUUGGCAAAAUCUCCGUUAAAAGAUAAACGCAAAUUCAUUAAUGAGUCUGAAGGAGCAAUCAAAAAUAGUUAUCAAAUCCAAUUAAACAAUUUUGUUAACCAAGCUCGAGUUGCUCCUUAACCUAUGUUUAAAACCACUGUAUAAAAACAUGGAGUUAUAAAGCAUGUAGAAAGAAUACAUUCUGAAACUUAAAAAUAUCAUCAAAAUUUAUCCAAUAAAAGAUCUGAAAGAAAUAUAUUUUAUAAUAAAUUGAUUUCUGCUUCCACAAAGCGAUCAUAUUAAAAAAUUAAAUAGAACUAUUGCAAGACAAAUGAUAAAACCAAUUGUAUUUCGAGAGCCGAAAUUACAUAUCUUUAAAAUAGCUACAUCGAUGCUAAACCAACUGUUGCUGAUACUUCGCUAUAAAUUAAUCAUCAUCAAAAUAUAUUGAUAAGGAAAAAUAAAUAUUAAAUUAUUUCGUAUGCUAAGAAAGAGGAAAAGUACAACAUAUUGAAUUAAACAGAAAACUAAAUGAAUGAUGAUGAUAGAUCAGAAAAACACGUUCUACCUUUUAAAUCAAAGAGAAAAUUGUGA